UAAAGAGAAAACGAUGACGUGAUGAUGUAAAUGUUUUUCACGAUGUAGAAUGCCGCCAUGUAAGAACGAGGGGAAGUGUGUCGCGGACGGGGGGAGAGGAUACAUGUGUCAGUGUUACGGCGGAUUUACAGGAUACAACUGCGAGCUGCAGGAUGAGAGCACGGUGUUUGAUUCCCGCUCUUGUCCUGCUGGAUUUCAGGCAGAGAAAUGUUUGUGUAGAGGCAAAUGUGCAGGGGCCAAAUUUGUAGGGGAUGUGUGUCAAGCACAACGGAACGGUCCAGAGUUAACUUGCCGACCGAGUGAUUCAUCCCACGUAAUUCUCUUCAAUGUAGAUGGUACCUUAGGACGACAGUCAAUAUCUUGUCCAGCAGGAGCGGAUCUAGUUGGGUGUUCCUACUGGGAUUAUUCUUUACAAAAAAUCUCCAAUGGCGAGGCAGAUCGGAUGAAGGACACAUCUGGACAGUGUGCGCUACUUCACCCAUGUCAGCGAUGCAGCCUACAGGCCAGGUGUAAGAAAUAUGACUGCGGAUGUAAAAACGGGGGACACUGUCAUCAAAUUACUGGAGAGUGCAUCUGCACUGACGGCUACUUCGGAGAGAAAUGCGAGGUCUUCGACUACUGUAGAUUCUAUGAGAAUGAGAUGCAAAUGCUACCUUGCGGAAACGCCGGGUUUUGUUCUUCUGUUCCUGAAAACAGGAUUCGGGCGUACGGAGGCGACCAGAGGGGAAACACGUGUGCAUUUCCCUUCAAUGUGAAUGGUCAGUCGUACGGAAAAUGUGUCGAAGACAAUACAUCGGAUCCUCCAUUUGCGUGCGGUGCUGUUUUUGAUGGCUCCCGUGACGGAUAUAUUGACCUUGGACCUUGGUCCCCGGGGCCAAAAUACACGAUUGCAGCGUGGGUCAGACCGGCAGUGGCUGAUGGAACACGACGGACUGUGGUUGGAGGCGUGUCAAUAUGUCGGGAUUUUGGAAUCUACCACUUUGAGAAUUUCUGGGUGUACUACAAGGGAAAGUCCUGGUCUUGCACAAAGGGGGUGGACACGAUGCUCCCCAUCAGGGUAGGGGAAUGGUACCUGGUGGCCGUCACAAACAACGGAACACACGUGACCGGUUACGCCGGUAAUCACAGUGCUACAGUAGAGGUCCAGCCGUAUGCCAUGCCUACCACAACGGGUUUUUGGAUCGGGGGCGAAGACUGUUGUCCGGUUGGGCGUUUCAAGGGCAUGAUCAAGUCUGUAAAGAUCUGGAAGAGAGGGUUGAGGUAUGAUGAGAUUGCGCGAAGCAUGAGAACGCAGGGUGUCCAAUAUUCCACGGUGGAGGCCAUGACAAGCGGUUUAGUUGGCCACUAUGAACUAGGAGAGGACAUUAAACCCCAUUGUGUUGGGACUGACCACGGAGGAGUUGACUGGGUUCCUCGGGACCAAGAUUCCAUCUCAGGUACUCACUGCAACAUCUCACUAUUUCACAUACCUAAGUAUACAGAAGUGAUGGUCACACCCUACAACCCGACAACCAAACUGGGCGGAGUUCUGAUUAUCGAAGCCCGCAACAUUCGGAUCAGUGGAAAUCUGAAAGGAACUGGGGCGGGGUAUCCUGGAGGUCGGGUAGACACAACAAAUUGUCAGGGAGGGAAACAAGGAGCUUCCAUGGAUGGUGAAGGAGUUGUUGGAAUCCAUAACAACCAAGGAGGUGGUGGCGGAGGAGCUGGAGGGGGUCAAAGGUCAGAUGGUAGGGGUCAGCCUGGAGGUGGAGGUGGACAUGGAAUCCCAGGAUCUGCGGCUAAAUAUAUAGGAAGUGGUCCCUCAGGAUUAGGUGAGGGUGGUGAGCGGUAUGGUGAUGGCACUAUGACCAAACUGUACAUGGGAUCAGGGGGCGGAAGUGGUGGUUGUGCCAAGGAUAUGACUGUUAACCCACCAGGAGGGCAAGGCGGUAAUGGAGGUGGGGCUAUUCGUCUAAUGGCCGAGAUGAACGUUGCGAUAACUGGUUCGGUGGAGGUGAAGGGAUUGCCGGGGACCGGGGACAAUGGAAACAGCAUCAACUGUGUGAGCAGUUGUCCAGCUUCCUGCAAUUCAAAAAGUAAUCAGAAUUGUCAUGGUAACAGCACCACAGCAUGCUGGGAUGAUUCUGGUCCAGGAGGAGGAGGCAGUGGCGGAAGUAUCCAUAUUAUUGGCAAGGUCGUUAGUAUAGAUUCUAAGUCUGUAUUUGCUCAAGGAGGGAAUGGUGGAUUCGGACCUAGGCAAGCAUGUGGAGGCCAAGGUGGAUUAGGACGCAUUAGAUUGGAGGCAGAAAUCCUUAAAGGCGCACUGUCUCAGUCAGCAGGGGUUGCAACAACUGUAAUGAGAAAGAGGCAGUUUGUGGAUCAUAGUUUACCAGGAAGAAACAGAAUAAACCUACAGACCACGAAGUAUGGAGAUGAAGUUUACCGCGGCUGUUUCGAGGAUACCGCGUCAGAACAUUUGUUUUCUGUCAGCGCAUCUACCGCCGAUGACAACGCACAGCACAUGACUCCUGAUUGGUGCAUCCAUUUGUGCAGACAGCAGGGACGUCCUUACUCCGGGACCAAACCUCCCAAUCUCUGUUACUGUGGCAACCAACUCAACAUGAACAAGAAACGAGACGAUGCAAAUUGUAACAGUUCGUGUGCGGGGAACAGCAUGAUGAAGUGUGGGGGCACAAACAGGAUCCUGGUGUUUGGACCCCCUCCCGGCACCCCGGUCGUGGUGCAUUCAGGGGUUCAACAGACCUGUCAACCCUGGUGUAAAACAAGUGCUGGUCCUCCAUCAUCAUGGGGACAGUGUAACCCACAUGAUACCAUGGCAACGACCUACACUAUUCUGUGUCAGUGCCCCGCAGGCUUCCAGGGAGUUCACUGUUCCCAGUCAUGUGACCCAGGCUUCUAUGGUAACAACUGUCAGAAUAAUUGUACGUGUAACAUGACAAAUACAGCAACCUGUAACCCAAUAACAGGAUCAUGUCAAUGCAAGCCUGGUUACCAAGGCAACCAGUGUCAGGAUGUGUGUCCGGCAGGAAAAUUUGGCACAAAUUGUCGCGGUGUGUGUAAUUGUACAAGACACGCGCAAUGUGAUCCCGUAACUGGACUAUGCUCUUGUAAGCCCGGAUAUAUGGGAGCUACGUGUAAUUUUCCUUGCUCUAAAGGUUUCUAUGGACGUAACUGUUCGGAGCACUGUCGAUGUACGAAACAUGGGAGUUGUGAUCCCGUGGAGGGUGUGUGUCACUGUGACCCUGGAUGGACAGAAGAGUUGUGCGGAGUGCCAUGUGACCCAUACACAUUUGGUGUAGACUGUGCUCUUUCGUGUGACUGCAAUGGUUCCCCGUGUAGUUCAAUUACAGGGGAGUGUAAAUGUAAUGCUGGAAAGACAGGCACUAAAUGUCAAAAAGACUGCCCCUACCAGAUGUAUGGUGAGGACUGCCGCCAGUCUUGUCCCUGUCCCACGGGAUGUGACCCGGUCUCCGGUGAUUGUUUGUGCCCCCCAGGAUCAUUCGGAUCACAUUGUGAAUAUGCGUGUAGCGCGGGAUCCUAUGGUAAGAACUGCCAGUCUCGCUGUAUGUGCAUGAAUAACCAGACCCAGUCAUGUGACACUCAGUACGGCUUCUGUACCUGUAAAGCUGGAUUUAUUGGACCUCGAUGUGAACACGCAUGCCCAGUAGGAUUUUAUGGCCUAAAUUGUAACAAAACCUGUCCACGAUGCGAACAUAGCGCUCCCUGCGAUGCAAAUUCGGGAGCUUGUAUCUGUCCCCCUGGUUGGUCUGGAGCAAACUGCGAGAUUCCCUGUAAAUCAGGUUACUAUGGCAACAACUGUACACAAAGAUGUCCGACAUGUAACCCUGGAGUUUGUAGCCCAGCAACAGGACUGUGUAUCUGUCAGAGUCAACCCUGUAAAUGCCCAUCUGGUUACUUUGGUGAUUCCUGUCAGAACACGUGUCACUGUGUCCAUGGUUACUGUGGAGUUAGCGGGUCAUGUGUUUGUGAUAAGGGAUGGCAAGGCACAAAAUGUGACACUCCAUGUGUAAAUGUAGACAAACCCGUUUUGUAUAAUGCCAAUGUGUCGUCAUUAUCCUGUAAACCAGCCUGUAUCUACUGCAUCCACGGUCGCUGCCACUUUAACGAUGACAUCUGUCUGUGUGAUGCGGGCUUUUUCGGAUCUGAUUGUGAUCAAUAUUGCAAGAAUUUGACCUAUGGCCCCGGAUGUAUACAUCGAUGUGACCAGUGUGUAAACAGCAACAACUGUGAUCGUGUAACCGGUCAGUGUCAGUGUUUGCCGGGUUAUGCUGGGAUAUUCUGUCAGCAACCUUGUCCUAAAGGUUUCUAUGGCGACCAAUGCCGACAGGCCUGCAACUGUCAAAAUGGUGGAGAUUGUGACAAUGUACAUGGAACUUGUGUUUGCUCUGCGGGAUUCAUGGGAUCUGAUUGUUCCCAAAAGUGUCCCUUGGGGAAGUAUGGGUCAGGUUGUACAUUGAACUGUACGUGUGGGCCGAUGUCUAAGGGAUGCGAUGCAUUCACAGGACAAUGCAUCUGUCAGCCCGGAUUUAGUGGCGAUGAAUGUGAGAAAUCAUGUCCUGCAUUGUCAUACGGAGCUGGCUGUGAGAGGUUAUGUCUAGACGUCUGUGAUGUCCGAGGAACACUCUCCUGUAGUCCGGUAGAUGGCGCAUGCCAGUGCCGUCCCGGCUAUACGGGGAACAAGUGUAACCAGCACUGUCCCAGUGGAACGUGGGGUGUUUCCUGUGCUCAAAGAUGCCUGUGUGGUUCCCAUGGCAACUGUGACAGAGAGACUGGCCAGUGCGAUUGCGACUCCGGAUACAAAGGAACUUACUGCAAUAAAAUGUGUGACAGUGGUUCGUGGGGGAAGCAUUGCAGCAAUGUAUGUAACUGUGGAGGGGCUUCCUGUAACCACGUGACCGGGGAGUGCAUGUGUCCUCGUGGGAAAAUAGGACAUCACUGUGAACAAGAAUGUGGUGCUGCCCACUUUGGCUUUCAAUGUGCCCAGUUGUGUGGUUGUCAGAAUAACGGUGUUUGUGAUCGAGUAACGGGAGAGUGUGCGUGUCAACCGGGCUGGAGCGGAACGUUUUGUGAUCAGAGUUGCCCGGAUGGUAUGUACGGUGCCAGCUGUAGUAAUCAGUGUCCAGACUGUUUCAACGGAGGGUCAUGUGACAGUGUGACAGGACAAUGUCAUUGUGCCUCGGGGUUCACAGGAGUUCUCUGUAAUCAGACUUGUGGUCUAGGCUCCUGGGGAAUAAAAUGUCAAAACAGAUGUCCCCUACAGUGUAAACAGAGUUGUCUCCCUGAUACUGGAGAAUGUCAUUGUCACCAGGGGGCGUGCCAGAAUGGAGGAGUCUGUCAACAGGGUAAAUGUAUAUGCCAGUAUGGUUUCUUUGGAGAUGACUGUUCACAAACACUGGGCGGGAUUAAGGCAUCCCAGAAAUCAACAAGCUCAAAAGGUGCUGUAUCUUUCACAUCGGGUCAGGUGGCUGGGAUAGUGGUGGGUAUACUGGUUCUCAUUUUACUGGUAGUCCUGCUAACCAUUUUGAUAAUGAGAAGAAAAUAUAGAGGUCAGCAUGACAACAAUGCCGGAAUGAAUCUGAACAGUUCCCUCCGGGAUCAAGACGACAGUGGUCUCCGAGGUUUCACAAAUCCUCACUAUGACAGCCAGAAUUCAGGCAAAAUGGCCGAUUCCUCGGAAGGAAGGAAUGCGGAGGAUUCUCAUUCAGAAAACGCAGCGAAUGCGUGACAUCAUCACGGAGUCUAGCACUAUUGUACUAUUCUCUCUCAGUUCUAGAUUUGUAUGUUGUUCUAUGAUAUUAUUCGUUAAUGACACCGGUUACCAUACUGAGUGUCCCCGAUUUAAUGUCUUGCAAAUCAUCUAUUUGAGAGGUUGUGAAUUUCAUGUGUCAAAUGACUUGUUGCUCAAACCGAGUUUGGUGUUAUAUAUUGGGGUGAUAGACUAAAAUCUAAUUGAUGCCUUGUUUAAAUUGAUUGCUGGAUGACAAGUUUUGUAUAUCAUUCUGUUGUAACUAUGCUUAUAAUGUUGUUGCAAAUAAACAUAUGUUAUAUCAAAAA